CCCUCAGCGGCUAGUCCGCCGCCAUGUUGCUUUUGGCCCUGGCUGCUCCCACCCGCCCUUAGUCUCUCGUCGCCCGCCCCUCGCCCUCGCGCUGGCCGGGCCCCGGCGGGAGGCGGAUAAAGAGAACCGCAGCCGGGGCGAGGGGCGGCCGGGGCGGGUAGAGACGCUGAGGGAGACGCCGCCGCUGCUGCUAUUCUCGCCGCCCGCGCCAUGUCCGGCAAGGAGGGGACUCGGGUUGCGCUGGCGACGCCUCACGGUACCUGUGAGCGGGCCGUCAAGGCUGUCCCUUUUCCGCCAACACACCGAUUAACAUCAGAAGAAGUGUUUGAUGCAGCUGGAAAACCUCGGGUUGAUAUUUUGAAAAACCACCUAAUAAAAGAAGGUCGGGUAGAUGAAGAAAUUGCACUAAGAAUCAUCAAUGACGGUGCUGCAAUUUUAAGAAGAGAGAAAACCAUGAUAGAAGUUGAAGCUCCUAUUACAGUGUGUGGUGACAUUCAUGGCCAAUUCUUUGACCUAAUGAAGCUAUUUGAAGUGGGAGGAUCACCUGCUAACACAAGAUACCUGUUCCUUGGUGACUAUGUAGACAGAGGAUAUUUUAGCAUAGAGUGUGUGCUAUAUUUGUGGGUUCUGAAGAUUCUGUAUCCAAGCACAUUAUUUCUUUUGAGAGGCAACCAUGAAUGCAGGCACCUCACAGAAUAUUUUACUUUUAAGCAGGAAUGUAAAAUAAAAUAUUCUGAAAGAGUCUAUGAUGCUUGUAUGGAAGCUUUUGAUUGCCUUCCUCUUGCUGCACUUCUAAACCAGCAGUUUCUUUGUGUCCAUGGUGGACUCUCUCCAGAAAUAAAUACAAUAGAUGACAUUAGGAGGCUAGAUAGAUUCAAAGAGCCCCCAGCAUUUGGACCAAUGUGCGACUUGUUGUGGUCAGAUCCCUCUGAAGACUUUGGAAAUGAAAAAUCACAGGAGCAUUUCAGUCACAAUACAGUCAGAGGAUGUUCCUAUUUUUAUAGCUAUCCUGCAGUUUGCGAAUUUUUGCAGAAUAAUAAUUUGUUGUCUAUUAUCAGAGCUCAUGAAGCACAAGAUGCAGGUUAUAGAAUGUACAGGAAAAGUCAAACGACAGGGUUCCCAUCAUUAAUAACAAUUUUUUCUGCACCUAAUUACUUGGAUGUCUAUAAUAAUAAAGCUGCUGUAUUGAAAUAUGAAAAUAAUGUUAUGAAUAUUCGGCAGUUCAACUGUUCACCACAUCCUUAUUGGUUGCCAAAUUUUAUGGAUGUCUUCACAUGGUCUUUGCCAUUUGUUGGAGAAAAAGUGACAGAAAUGCUGGUGAAUGUUCUGAGUAUUUGUUCUGAUGAUGAACUGAUGACUGAGGGUGAAGAUCAAUUUGACGAACGAAUCAUAUAUGGCAAUAAAAAAGUAGGUACAGCUGCAGCACGAAAAGAAAUAAUCAGAAACAAAAUCCGUGCAAUUGGCAAGAUGGCAAGAGUCUUCUCUGUUCUCAGGGAGGAGAGUGAAAGUGUACUGACACUCAAGGGUUUGACUCCCACAGGAAUGUUACCUAGUGGAGUAUUGGCUGGAGGACGCCAGACCUUGCAAAGUGCCACAGUAGAGGCAAUUGAGGCUGAAAAAGCAAUACGAGGAUUCUCUCCACAACAUAAAAUCUGCAGUUUUGAAGAAGCAAAAGGACUGGAUAGAAUCAAUGAGCGAAUGCCGCCAAGGAAAGAUGCUCUUCUUCAGGGUGGCAUUAAUUCUGUGAAUGCAACAAAUGCCAAUGGAAACAAUGGGGCUGGCAACAACAAUGCACAGUGACCAUCACAUCUGCUUACUUACCUAAUAAUUCGUUGAGGACUGCUUCUUGAUAAGACAGUAGCCAGAACAUCCGAGGCAGAUGCAGUCCGGAGUGAAAUCACAACUUGAUCUUACAGAAGAGAAGCCAUGAUGCUUUGGAGAUGACAGCCACUCUUCUAAAAGUGACAACAUGAAUAUUUACAGUGCAUAUUUGGAACUCACUUGUGGAAAGAGAUCCAGGGACAAGCUUCUGCUGUUAUCACUAUAGACUUAGCAUGUUACUUUUUUAUCAUUGUCGACACUUUUUAUGUUUACAGAAUGGGAUUGUAGAGCUAGGUGGUGGGUUUGUGAGGUGGUUUUCUUUUGUUUUUAAAUCGGACAUUCUAAUGCAUCCGUAUUUAUUUAAUGGUCUUAUGAACUGUCUUUAAAUGAUAGUUUUACAGUGGUCUUAAAAUAUAAAUCUGAGGCUGCAGACAAGUCUGUGUUUUAAAUAAGUGAGGAAGAAAUGCCAAAAAUCUUAGUAAUUAUGUAAAUUUCUGGUCUUGAGUAUGCUCCUAUUGCUAAUUCUGUAUAAUGUUCAACAUAUUAUUUUUAGUUAAAACUUAUCAGAAGAUUUCUAUAUAAAAAUGAUUAUUACUUGAACCAUAGCUUUUGAAAAAUAUUUCAAUUUAGAAACUUUUUUGCCCAACUUUUUGAGACUUUCCCCACACUUGAAUGUUAAAAGAACUAUUAACAGUAUAAAAAAGGUUAAAAUUAAGGUACUUCUAACUGAACUUUGUACAUUACGUUUACAGUAAAUUUGAUUCAUAUCGGAUCUGUAAAGCUUGGCUUUGUAUUUUCUGUAUGCAUGUUUUAAUUUUGCAGAUAUUUAAUAUAUAGACCUAGGGUGUACAGGAGAAAACAUCCUAUAGGUUAUGCAGCACAGCUGUUAUGGGUAUUUUUUAGUUUAUUGUAUUAAAGUUGCUUAAAUAGUUAAUAAUUGUUGGACUGAGUGGCUGCAAGUGUGUUCUUUUAAUUCUGUUUGGUUGUUUUUGUUUUUGUUUUGAACUUUUGCCAUACAAUGCAUAAUUACUCUAGACAUUAAGAUGUUAAUGAAGAUAUAAAAUCAAGGUGCAUGUUAUGUUUUUGAUAGCUGGACUGUUCGGUUAAAAUAAAAUCAAACCAUGUGUUGAUCUAACGAAUGAUGAACUGUAGUCAAAUUCUCCCGACAUUUUGUUACUUACCUUUCUUAUUCUGUGGGAAGCUGUUGGAAUCUUACGGCAAUGGAUUUCACCUGCAGUUUGUUUGCCACAAAGUGGAACUUGUGCUAUUUGAUGCAUGUUUUAAACCAUUCAAGUAUUUUAUAAUAAGAAGCGCACAAUAAAAUUUGUGCAUGGGCCUCAG